AUGACGGAUUCUGUCGUGUUGCAGUCCGCCGUUCGCGUGCCUACACCUCCCCCAGGCACGUCGUACUCUCCACAACCCUCAGCCUCGCGAAAACGCUCUCCUCCAUCUCGGUCGCCUUCCCCUCGUCGCCGUCGCUCGCCACCUGGUGACUCGCUGAACGAUGAUGGAGAUGCGCCACGUAUCGAUCCUGAGCGUGCCGUCGAAAGAGAGCGCCAGCUGGCCGAACGCCUCCGUCAGCAUGAGAAGCAGGAAGCUGCACGGAAGCCCUUGACGGAGGAGGAGAAGCAAGCUGCCGCCAAAGCUGAGUAUGAAAAACUUUUGAAUAUGCGAUCUGGGGGCACAUACAUACCGCCAGCUCGAUUGCGCGCGCUGCAGGCGCAGAUCACGGAUAAGAACAGCAAAGAAUACCAGCGUAUGGCAUGGGAAGCUCUGAAGAAGUCCAUCAACGGUCUCAUCAACAAGGUCAAUGUGUCCAACAUCAAGUUCAUCGUUCCCGAGCUCUUCGGGGAGAACCUGGUCCGUGGCCGAGGUUUGUUCUGCAGGAGCAUCAUGAAGGCGCAAGCGGCGAGUUUACCGUUUACCCCGAUCUACGCGGCAAUGGCGGCCAUUGUCAAUACCAAGUUGCCUCAGGUCGGCGAAUUGCUGCUCAAUAGGUUGAUUGUCCAAUUCCGAAAAGCAUUCAAGCGAAACGAUAAAGCCGUCUGCAUCUCAUCCACAACUUUUAUCGCACAUCUGUGUAACCAGCAAGUCGCUCACGAGAUGCUUGCCGCGCAGAUCCUCCUUCUGCUGCUACAUAAACCUACAGAUGAUAGUGUGGAGAUCGCCGUCGGUCUGACCAGGGAAGUUGGCCAGCACUUGGAAGAGAUGAGUGCUCCCAUCGCUCUGGCGGUGUUUGAUCAAUUCAGGAAUAUUUUGCACGAGGCCGACAUCGACAAACGAGUUCAAUAUAUGAUCGAGGUCCUGUUCCAGGUUCGCAAGGAUAGAUACAAGGACAACCCGGCGGUCAAGGAGGAACUCGACCUAGUUGAGGAGGAAGAUCAGAUCACCCAUCGUAUCGGUCUGGAUGAUGAGAUUGAUACUCAAGAUGGCCUCAAUGUCUUCAAAUACGAUCCUCAGUGGGAGGAGCACGAAGAGGCUUACAAGAAACUCAAGGCCGAAAUCCUUGGUGAGGGUAGCGAUGAGGAAGACGAGGACGAAACCGACGAGAGUUCUGACGAGGAAGAGGAGGAAGAACGACAGAUGGAGAUCAAGGAUCAGAGCAAUACAGAUCUCGUCAAUCUCCGGCGAACAAUCUACCUGACUAUCAUGUCCAGUAUCGACUUCGAAGAAUGUUGCCACAAGCUUAUGAAGAUCUCGUUGCCACCUGGCCUGGAGCCAGAACUCCCCUCGAUGGUCAUCGAAUGUUGUUCCCAGGAGCGAACGUACUCGAAAUUCUAUGGCUUGAUUGGAGAGCGAUUCGCGAAAAUCAAUCGUUUAUGGUCUGAUCUUUUUGAAGCUGCCUUCGCCAAGUAUUACGACACAAUCCAUCGAUAUGAAACUAAUCGUCUGCGCAAUAUAGCCCGUUUCUUUGGCCAUAUGCUGAGCACAGACGCCAUUGGCUGGCAUGUCUUGUCGGUCAUUCACCUCAAUGAAGACGAGACGACAUCUAGCAGCCGUAUCUUCAUCAAGAUCCUGUUCCAGGAUCUAGGGGAACAUCUUGGCCUCGCGAAGUUGCAGGCGCGCCUGAGGGAUGAAAUUCUGCGCCCCAGCUUCGAGGGACUUUUCCCUCUGGACAACCCUCGCAACACCCGCUUUUCAAUCAAUUACUUCACGAGUAUCGGCUUCGGUGUUCUGACGGAAGACAUGCGGGAACACUUGAAGAACCUUCCCAAGCCGACUGUUCCCGCCCUGCCUGCACGCGACGCAGAGUCGGAUGCGGAGUCUGUUCUCGGUCGCGCUCGCGGUCAUAUUCGUAUUCACGGUCUCCUUCACGAAGCCGCGGUCCGCGUCGCUCGGUUAGUCGUGGAAGGUCGUACUCGAGAUCAGUGUCUGGAUCUUCUCGAGGAAGAAGUUAUACCCCAAGCUACAGUCGAUCGAGAUCUCCGGUUCCAAAGUCUCGUCGACGCUCAGUGUCCUACAGUCGUUCACGCUCGCCGGCUGGCCAAAGGAGGUCGUCAGUCUCCCGUACACCACCUAGACGUGUUCGUGACAAAUCCUAUGACUCUCGCUCUCCUUCGCGAUCCGUCACGCCGCCGAGAAAGCGAACCUCUUACAGCCGGAGAGACCGGUCGUACUCUAGGUCACCGUCGCGCUCUGUUACCCCGCCACCGCGAGCUGGGGAUGCAAAGGCGCGUGUCAGACGCUACUCCUCGCAGUCUCUUUCUCCUCCUCGUCGACGUGCCGAGAGAAGUGUAUCGCCUCAACGUCCUCCUCCUGGUCGCCGUGCCCGUGGAGAUUCUUUGUCACGAUCGCCCAGUCCUCCCCCACGGUAUGGACGUGAACAGAGACGCAGGAGGAACUCGAGCUCCGUCUCACGAUCUCGCUCGCCUCCACCUCGCGACUCCAACAAGCGCAGAUCUCUUUCUAGGACUCCGCCUCGUCGGGGCCGGGCCUCCGACUAUUUGUUUUUAA